UACUGCUUGAGAAUAACGCUUGCCGGCAGACCUCUGAGAUGCGCCCAAUCCAUGGAUUACAAAAUACGGAUGUUGGGACAAGAGGAGGAUGAACCGUUGCCCAACGGUGCCUGUCGCCCCCAGGACACCGACUUUGAUUUCUUUUGGCUCGAGAGGGGGCAUUUAUGUGCUGCGAUGGAAGUCAGUGACUUAGAUGAGUGCAGAUCUUGCUUUUUGGGAUCAUCUCGGCAGCAGUGUCACUCUGUGACAAAGCUACCAUUCCUGGCCUAUCUAGUUUAGAAUAUUACCGAUUGUAGGCCGGUGUUACGGUCACAAUCCCGAUCAUGUCGACCACGACGACCACGACAGCGGAAAAUGCAGCACAGUUGAGGUUCCCUCCAAAUGUGCAAUACAACGCAUCCAGAACUUACACCGUCAAGUUUCUAUCAUCUUGCUUUGCUGGAGCAGUUGCUGGAGUACUAGGCCUUCAAAAUUGGCUCGGCUUUGCCCUCUUCGUACUUGCAACUCUCCUCACCUCCGCGUGUCUUUAUGUGAAAUGUAAAGCACGUCCUGCAAAGUAUAUGGCAGGUGGCUGGUGGGAACUUGUGAAUCCUGGGCAGGAGAAUAUAUUCUCCUUUGUAUUGGUCUGGACGUUAUUCUACGGUAUGUUUCUAGGAAUUACGCCUUCACUCCACCUCAUGCUAUUUUUUGUCGUUUCCGUCAUGACUACAGGGAUUGUACACGGUAGGACACAGUGGAUCUUAGAAAACCCCUGUACUUCAGCUAACCUUCCUCCUGCCAGUGUAUGAUUAGUUUUGGUACUCAGUCCCAGUAGCUUCACUACCUAUAGCUGUACACACCAGAUACCCAUCAUACAAUGCAGUACGAAUGCCAUGAUGAUGCCUUGUAAUAUAAUCUCAACCGUGGAAGACGUGCAAUCUCCGGAUACUUCAGCAACGCACGAUUUGCCAUUGACCUAACGACUCCAUGUCGUUCUGUAGGCACCGGUGACGAUCCAUAAACUUGCGACGGUGCCUUGCCCAUUACGGGUUCAGAACGUUGCACUAUCCAUGCGUGAGAAAUCGCCUUAUGGUAGCACCUCUUUCGUGUUCCAUCCAGAGCAAGUCAUUGAGGUGGUCACCGGCCAUCUUCCAUUUUAAUGCAAAUAUUGUUCGAACAUAAUCUAGCACCAUCGUCCGCUUGGUAUAAUGACCUGGUCGAUCUUCGUCAACCGAUGUUGUGUGCUGUCUAUUUACUCUCAACAAUCUAGCAACUCAACUGAGGCCGCGAUUCAUGAAGUUGUGACAAGUCACAACAUACUACAGCAUCCACAUGUAUGAGCGAGGUUAGCAGCAUAAUGAAUUCAGUUGGUACCUAUGGACGUUGGCCCGGAGUUUUGUCGGCACCCUUUUGCGGAACUCCGAAAUGUAUCGGUUCCGACCCACUCGCAGAAGGUUGUG